UUUAAAUAUCCAAUAUGUCAAUGUAAGGGGAGUGGGUAUGUAUAUAAAGUGCCGUUUGCAUUUGAUAGCUCAAGGAAGCUAACGAUGAGAGAGUCCAGGAGAGAUGGAUGCGAGAAGAAGCAGCGCUUUGACUGAGAGUAAGGUCAGGAGCGCGCUGCCCAACGCUCUCCGCCACUGAGAACUUCCUUGGACACGAACAGACGUCGCCUCAGCUGGGCAGAGCGCGGAGCAAAGGAGCGGAGCGAGCGAGCGCCACCGAAUCACCCGCGCCCGCCGCCAGAAGAGGUAGUUCGCGCCCCGCGGUCCAGGCACAGCCCGCGCCGCCGUCCGCCCCGCCAUGGCGGAGGUGGGGGGGGUCUUCGCCUCCUUGGACUGGGAUCUGCACGGCUUCUCCUCGUCUCUGGGGAACGUGCCCUUAGCUGACUCUCCGGGUUUCCUGAACGAGCGCCUAGGCCAGAUAGAGGGGAAGCUACAGCGCGGCUCGCCCACGGACUUCGCCCACCUGAAGGGGAUUCUGCGGCGGCGCCAGCUCUACUGCAGAACUGGCUUUCACCUGGAGAUUUUCCCCAACGGCACGGUGCAUGGCACCCGCCACGACCACAGCCGCUUUGGAAUUCUGGAGUUUAUCAGCCUAGCUGUGGGGCUAAUCAGCAUCCGAGGUGUGGACUCUGGCCUAUACCUAGGAAUGAAUGAGAGAGGAGAACUAUAUGGAUCGAAAAAACUCACACGUGAAUGUGUUUUCCGGGAACAGUUUGAAGAGAAUUGGUACAACACCUAUGCCUCCACCUUAUACAAACACAUGGACUCAGAAAGACACUAUUAUGUGGCCCUGAAUAAAGAUGGCUCACCCCGGGAGGGAUACAGGACUAAACGACACCAGAAAUUCACUCACUUUUUACCCAGGCCAGUAGAUCCUUCCAAAUUGCCUUCCAUGUCCAGAGACCUCUUCCGCUAUAGGUAAUGUACCUCCAGUGUGACCUCUGUGACCCAUGUGCUCUGGGGCCACAGUUGUCUCUGUAAGCACUAUACUCAUAGCUUUUCAAUCCUUCCUUCCUAUCAGUUUAGAUAACACAGAAGCACUUACUGUUCAACUUGACCCUGCUGGUCCCUUGUUCAAAGUGUAUAUCAAGGUUGGGCUAUUUUGGGGAGGGAUGGGGGAGGAGGGAGUGGGCCCAAGGGAGUCUUGUAUAUACUUUUUUUAUGCAUAUCUUUUCCCUGGAGGUGGCACAAAAGAGAAUGGGGGCUUCUGCCAAGGCUAGGGGUGUCUUGCCCAAUAGUCUACCCAAAGAACAUUUGACAGUGGGUGCAAAUGAAAGACCAAGGAAUCUGCUAUACCUGCAACUUACAGAUCUUUGGGAAAGUAUCAUUAAGAAAAUAUUUGGGGCUUCAGCCCUGCUGCAAGCCAUCCCCACAUUGGCUCUGCAGGUUUCUCAUUCGUCCUGACAUGCAGUUUUCCUGCCAUUGGAAGUGGAAGAUGGGGGUGGGUUAUUAAAAAAAAGGAUAUAAAAUGUAAGCAUGAAUACUGUGCAUAAGGACAAACUAUUUAUGAAGUGUAUAUGCUAUUUAUUUUAUAUAUUUAUUUAUUUCAAAAUAAUUUUAUUUUUAAUGAGAGAUGCUAUGACUGGAUUUUCAUCAGAAAGAAUAAGGUCCUACUGAAACAGGAAAAAUGAGUUAUUAAAGGCUUUUAUUGGCAAUAAAAUUGUCUUUAUAUUGUAAAUAACUGUCUAAGAUGUUGAUUUGUACAUUUAGUAGAAUUAGAGCAUUGAUCAGUUUCUUUCUUCUUCUUCUUUUUUUUUU